UAGGUUAUAUCAUGUCUCUAGACGGCGAAGUCAUCAGAGGCAGUCUCAAAUUGAAGAAAGGCGAUAUCUUCAAGAAGAAAAAGAAGAAGGUCGAUCCAAAAAUGAUUGAUUUAACUAUCAAGAAGGACGACAAAACAAAUACAGCAGGCAAGACGAAGGCGGAGAUUGCAUUUGAAAAACGACGAGAGCAGAAUAUAUUCGAACGAAUGCAGAAGAAAGCCGCCGUAAGUCAUCGUGAACGAGUGGAAGAAUUCAAUAAGCAAAUGAGCGAGUUGACUGAGUUCAACGACAUCCCCAAGGUUUCGUGGACGAAGUAGACAAAGCUCUUUUUUUUGUUCUUUGGAUUCUGCUAAUGAUUGCAUGUGUAUAUUUGUCCUUUCGUGUGAAAAUUUUGUAUUCCUUGCAUACAAUGUACAGCAUGAUUAUUUUUGGUGUCGAAAGCAAUG